AUGAGCGGUCUUGUUGAAAUUAAGUCUCCUUCGGAGUGGAAGUCUCUGCUCUCCAGCACCUCCGUAGUCGUCGCCGACUUCUAUGCCGACUGGUGCGGACCAUGCAAGAUGAUCGCUCCUCAUUUCCAGCGUCUCGCAAGCCAGCACUCUUCUCCCAAGAAGGUGGCCUUUGCCAAAGUCAAUGUCGACUCCCAACCCGAAGUCGCCAAGGAGAACCGUGUGUCUGCAAUGCCCACCUUCAAAAUCUUUCACAACGGCACCUGCGUCGAGACCAUCCAGGGUGCCAAUCCAACCGCUCUCUCUGAGGCUGUUACCAAGGCAGUCCAGCUCGCAGGCAGCGGUAAAUCUGCCGAUGGUCUCUUCAAGACCCCUGGUCGAACUCUGGGGGGAGGUUCGCCUUCUGCGGGCAGCGGCUUCAACUACAGCGGCCUGUUGAACCUCCUGGUCGCCUUUGUUGGCCUGUACCUGGUGUCUUUGUUUUCGGCACGUAACCAAAAGGAGGACCUAGCUGUCAAAGGAAGAGACAUUGCUGACUGGGGUCUUUUUUCAUAG